AUGGCGAGCUACCUCGCCCAGUUCCGGACCAUCAAGAGCAUCUGCAACCGCCUCGUCGUCGCAGGUACGCGGCUCGUCUCCUCGUCCCGUCCAUCUUUUUUCUUCUGUUGCUUUCGGCGUCUGUUCCCGUUUCCUCGAAGGAUGCCAUGUGCUUGACCGGCCGAUCUUCCGCUGGAUCUGAGGAAUAGACAAUACGCAGUAUCUUCAGUCCUGGUUGAUCGGCGGGCGACUCUUUGAAUUACGCUCUCAAUAACUCUCCCUUCUAGUCAAGCAUCAUCCCGGAUGCUCGGCGGCAGCUCUGUUAAUUAAAUGCUAGUGUCCGAUGGAUCUGUGUAAUGUGGCGGGGCUAUCGUCUGCACUUCCGAUUGUGUAAUGCGGCGGAACCCUUUCCCGUUUGCCAUUUGAUUGUCUCUCGUAGAAGCCAUUCAUCGUAUUUUUCAUUGGCAUUACUACACAGCACUCCAUUGUUUCUCUUUCAAUUCAGCUUAUUAUGGAAAUUUUGCCUGAGAACUGCAGUAGCCUGCAAACUUCUUACUCUCUUCUUCCACUCUUUCAACGUCAGCUUCUGGAAAUAGCACCUGGGCACCCCCCUUUUCGCCUCCAAAGCUUUUGCCACAUAUUCACCUAAACUAGGAACCCUGUCGUAAGGAGUCCUAGCUAGUUCAUAUCUGAGAAGCCUCGCAUCAUCUCUUAGGCCUUGUCCCAUUUCUACAAUCCUUUCCACGGCCCCAUUCUUUACUGAAUUCCACAUAAAUAAAGUCAGGAAUUUGAACGCUAUUAUACACUACAGAACUCGUGAAAGGAAGCCUAUUUUUCACUUGAACUUGGUCGCCCAUGGACAGUGGUGACUUCACAACAAGGGUCGCCUUUAAUAAAUUUUGGACUAGAUAGUUGUCGCAUAUUCCUGAAAUAAUAACUCUGACCUCCAAGCAUCCAACUAUUUCACAUGGCAGAUGUUUCUUCAAAACUUUUGCUUCUUCCCAGCCCAACCUUCGAAAUAUCUCUGUAGUUUAUUUGACUCUUUUUUUUCUGCAAGCACAACUCGUCUGUUUCUUUUUCCUCAAAUCUCUUGGGUCUUGAAAUACCUCGCCAUUAUUUUGGUGGUCACUUUAAGGACUUAUCGUAUUCCACAUCAUAUUCAUUGUGAUUUCAUCUGCAUCAUCUCCGUUCUUUCACCUCUUAUCAGCUUUCCUGCCAAACCUCAGAAUUUUUGAUCCAUUGACACUUUAUCUGAUCACCAUCCCUCUAAUUUAUAUUGUCUUACUCCGAUAUGUCAUGUGCAAAUCUCCUGGCUAUCUGCUCCAGGUACGACCGAGGAAUCUCUACUUUGACAGAUUUGGGUGCACAACAGUAUAUUCUAAUGGUUAUUCGUUUCUGUUUUUUUGCCAGAACCUACCUCCUUUAUUGGAGGUCUGGUUUUUUCUUCACGUUUUUUACUUUCUAUAUCUUUUUUAUUUCCAUUUCAUUAACUUCUUGCUUCUCUAUACUCCUGAGCACCAUGAUCAGUUUUGGUACCCCUAACUUCGAGCUUUUCUUUGGAGGGUUGACGUCUUUUAUUAACUAUGGCUAAUUGAAGAUGCCUUGUUUAUUCCUGAAUCUCCACUUUCCUUAGUUCGGUUUCUUCUGGCCAUCCUGUUCACGAUUUUUUUGCUUUGCUGUGUCUACUCAUUAAGUCCCUUCCAAUGCACCUUUUCCUCUUCAGUUCGACCUCCCUCUUAGCAUUCAGGUCUUCAGGCGGCAUAAAUGUCUGUUUAUGUGCUCGUCUACCAGAAGGUUUUGCCUAUUCGCAGUUUAUUCAAUUCUGAUUUCAUCCAGAAUUCAUCCACUCUUUUUGAAGGGACACAUACCAUAUAAAACAUAUGGGGGGAAAAGUCAAUGGAUCAUUUUCUUAGGGUAUACAUUAACGAAAUAAUAAAAAACAGAACACAUGGGAAAUUGCAAAUGUGGUUAGAGGCUGCCUACCAGAUUUGAGGGAAUGCUGCAGUGUUGGUUCGAUAUCUGUUACAAGUUUUAACCAGGGUGGGAGAAUGUGGUGCAUCAAUUUUUAUUUGAAUAUGGUUUUUCUCUAAAAGGUACCGUCAAGCUCAUAUGUCUAUUGAAGUCUCAUUGAUCUCCAAGGAAAGUAUUGCCUUCUAACGUCCCCCUCUUGAAUACCUAUACAUUAGACCAAUUUAACAAAUGUUUGUGUGGACUUGUCCUGGAAAUAUUGGGUCCUUGAGAAGGUCUUAUCUUGUUGCACCAUCACCAUAUGCCAUCUGUAAUAUUAGCCACUAUUUUUAAAGAUUCUGUAAAAUAGCAAUUUUUUGUUGUUUUUUUUAAGGUGUAAAAUUCGUAAGGUGGCUUUAGUUUUCUGGUUUGCUCGACCAUCAUUCUGUGGAAAUCUGUAUGGAGAGAAUUUUAUGCUGUCUAACAGGCCAGCAGUUCCCUUGUCAAUGCAUUUCUCAUUUCACUGUUCUUGUUCGCCAUACUUCUCUUUCGCUCACUUGUUAUAGGAUCGUUGUUUAUAAGGAGUCUUGCUAAUCCCGUCAUCAAGGGAUACAAUUUUUAAGAAAAAAAUUCCACAUGUUUAUGACAAGUUUUCUGACUGUCUAGAUAGCAUGACGCUUUCUAAUUCCUUUAUACUGCCACCUGUUGACACUUUGAAACAAUUAACACUUUAUACUCCUAUUAUUCCAGUGGAGGAUGUAAGUGACUUGUGGCCUCUUGUCAAAGAUGCUUUCGAGGAACGAACUCCAUUCAAGAAGGCUUACUUGAAUAACAAGACUCACAGUCCCAUAAAUGUCGAGAACCUGCCUGUUGAGUUUAUACUGACAACUGAUGCAAGGCUUCGAAGUCGUUUCCCACAGGAACAGUCAGUGUUCUGGUUUCGAGAACCAUAUGCAACAGUGGUUUUAGUUACCUGUGAGGUACUUUCCAUUCUGUACUCCUCCCUCAGUUUUACAAUUUUACUGAUAAUAGGACAAAGUGUUGGGUACUUAAUCUUUCAGGAUCCUUUAAACUGCUGGUUUCUAUGUAGGACUUUGACGAGUUCAAGACAAUUUUAAAGCCAAGGCUGAAAUUAAUUGUUCAAAAUGAUGAGAAAGAGUGGAUUAUUGUAUUUAUUUCAAAGGCUCAUCCCAGCAAUGAUCAAGCAUCAAAGCUAGCAAAAAAAAUAUAUGCAAAACUUGAAGUUGAUUUCAAUGCAAAAAAGAGAGAAAGGUGAAGGGAAUCGACUUUUUUCUUUGUUUUCGUUUUUAUGGGCUGUAAAUUUGUGAAGUUCCUUCGCACGUUUUUCUUCCAUGCAUAUCUUGAAUAUGUCAGAAAAGGCAUUAUCUCUUCUCAGAUUUCCUUCCAAGCUUGUAUGACUGUCAAGGAUAUAUACAUGCUUAAAAGUUGUGGUCCUUAAUUUCGAUGCUAAGGUAGCAUUUCUCCAACCUACACUAUCAUUUUAAGUACAUAAAAUAUUAAGUCUUUAACCAAUUGGAGAAUCAGAUUUCUUAAAAAAAUAGGCUCUAUCUCUAGGUUCAAAACUUAUGAUCUUACCUUUGGAUCAACCUUGACUGGUUUCUAUCCCCAUGAAUUUUUGCUGUGUCAUUUUUUUUUUAGUCCGUAGGAAAGAGUCCCUCAUGAUGUUUCUGACCAUCUGGCAUCGCAUCCCUUAUUCCUCCUCUCUUGACAAGCGCCUCGUUCAAGUACAGAUGCUAUAUAUUUCAACUGUCCUUAUCAAACCAUUGCCUGUUGCAUACAUGCACAUCCAUCAUAUUUGCAUUACUUGUGAGUAUCAGCAUUAUGAACAUCUUCCAGUACAUGCACAUCCCUGCGGUGAUUAUAUGUUCAAUUCCCCUUCAAAACAUGUUUGAACUUUUGUUGCAUGUAUGCCUCUAUAUGCAGAAAUUUUUGACAAACUAUGAAACCAAUGUUUAAGCUUUGAUUAUUGUAAAACAUUGGUGGAUAUUAUCUUCGUUAUAAAUUGUUGAUUUUUUACUUUUUGAUGUAUUGUCUAGGUGCUGUAAAUUAGAUUUGCAUGGAACCGAAGCAAACUUUUGGGAAGAUUUAGAAGCCAAAAUUGUGGAAUCAAUUCGUAAUACGUUGGAUAGACGUAUUCAAUUCUAUGAGGAAGAAAUUCGAAAGCUUAGUGAACAGCGUUUCAUGCCAGUUUGGAACUUCUGCAACUUUUUCAUUCUGAAGGUCUAUCUCACCGCUUGUUCCCUUAUUUACCACACAACCUGGCGGUGGACAAUAAACAGGCUUUUAUGCAUUUAUUUGUUCCAUAUAUUGAUAUUUCCUGGGAUCAUCUACCAUCACAAAAUAAUGUUAUAUUCAUUCACAUCUAGGUCUGACGUCAUCUUCUUUUUCUUCUUUUUACAGGAGAGCUUGGCUUUCAUGUUUGAGAUGGCUCAUCUGCAUGAAGAUUCCUUACGGGAAUAUGAUGAGCUGGAACUCUGCUAUCUGGAAACAGGUUUUUCAUAGUUGCUUAGCUUUGCCGAAUUUUAUAAAAUAUGUUCCAUAAAUGAUUUUUGAACGCCACCAUGUUCCGUGUAAAUGUAAGCAUGUAAGAUAUUUACCUUAACGAAUUUUUAAUAGUAAGUGAAAUUGGAGCGGGUUUAUGGAUCAUCUUCUAAAAGUAAAAAUACUAGAAUUUUUAUUCCAGAACGUUCCUAUUUAGAAUGCACUUGAACAUGGACAGCAUUUAGUAUAGAAAAGUUUUAACGAAAUCAUUUGAACUUUCACCGAGAGAAAAUCUUUAGAGUCUCAAAAAAACGCGAAAGUAGACCAUGCAUUAAAAUGGUAAUAAGAGUCACCGUGAACAUGAAGAGUCAUUCUUUUCGGAAUGGCUUUAUCAUAACCAUUAUAAUAUAACCUACGGACCCACAAAGUAUCUAAAAACCUUGGAGGAUGAACCUUGGUAGAUCAUGCAUCAAAUACUCCUGUGAUUCUAGAGCUUGCUUAUUGGCUGUCAGAAGAGUGCGAAAUCUCCCUCUCUGUACGAGGCUUGUACAGAACACAGGAUUAAAAACUGUUGACCAGCCAGAAAAGGGUAAAUGCACUGUUUUCUAAACGUACAAAGAAUGUGGGUCACUUGCUAGCAGAGCAUGGGUAUUCUGGUUCAAAACUACAGAGGUGCUAACUUCUGAAGAACGGUCAACAUUAUCAUACAGGAAUUACUAACUUUUCAUGUCCACUGGGAUUCAGAAGAGGACAGCCGUCCCCACAUUAGGUCGGGCUUUGCUUGUGGCAGAUCUGGAUCACUGAGGAAUCCAGCAUCUUGCGCACAAGGUUGCGUUGGUGUCUUGUUAUUAUUGGUCAUUGCUUUGGACUUUUAAUUUAUGGAAGUUGAUCAGUUAUUUGGUCGGAUGAAGAAUGGUGUAUACCAUUGAUUUGAAUGUUUAUAAGGAUCAUCCUUUAAUUGUAGGAUUAUAUGUUGCCAUCAAACCCAGGAGUUCAUGGAAUUCUAUGAAAAUCUGGUUGCGACUUUUCUCUGAUCUCUCUCUCCCUCAUAGAGUUGCCAUUUCACAUCCUGACGGCCUAUUAUGCAGUUUUUGGGUGUUUGAUAUGUUUCUUUUUAUAAUACUCUGUUGAGAGAUACCUGGUAUUUCUCAUUUCUCUAUCUUUUCUUGUCUCACUCUAACAGGAAAUGUAUAUACUCAACUUGUUCGUUUUGAAUUAACUUUCUCUAUUCUGGGAAAGUUUGUUUCUGGUUUCUGGGAGAGUCUAUUCUAUAUCUGCCAUUAUUGAUAUCAUUGUUGCUGAAUUUGAUGUGCCUAUUUUUAACAAUUUAGGAUCUUAUUUCAAUUGUAUUAUAAGCUAUCAGUUUUGCCAUCUGCAUUCUCUGAGGAUAGAUAUUAAUGCUUCUUGUCAGUAUAGAAUAUGAUAAUGGGUAUUGAGAAAUUCGGGUGGCAAGGAAAUUUCUUGUAGUUUAUUUUUUUAUCAAAUUGCAGUAAAUACUCCCACAAUGAAAAAGAGGGAGUUUGGAGGAUCAGAAAAGGGUGAUGAUCAAGCAGCUCUUCUCAAUCCUGACUACAAGCCCCUGACUCAGAUUGUUCAGGACGAUUCAUUCAGGGAGUUUGAAUUCAGACAAUACUUGUUCGCAUGCCAGUGUAAGGUACAUGGGUUAUUAAACUUUUGGCUGUUUGCCAGUUAUUCAUCUGCAUCUUUUUUUUUCCCUCAAGUUCUUGCAUUUUUACUUUGUAGUUGAAGUCCUUUGCAUUUCAUGUACAUUUUUUAAUUUAAAGGUAUAAUGGUUUCGUGGUUUUCUAUGGUUUAAUAGAUAUAGAUAUAUUGUCAACUUGUACUCGGGUCACUCCUUGAUUCGUGUGUAUGUGAUCCUAUAUAUCCUACGUCAAAGUAUCUAAAGUACUUUGUUUUGUUGAGGUUGCGUCAUUCAGUUGCAUGAGCGAUUAGAUUAUUUGGAUUUUCCAAACAAUAUAAGAAGAAACAUAAUUUUAUUUUUCGUUGAUUUACGUAAGUAGUGACCUGUAUGUGGACAAUGGGUCUGUCUUUUGUGAACAUCCUCUUUUGGGAGUUGUUGAAAUUAUCAUAUCCAAUUUGCAGCUGUUAUUCAAGCUUGGUCGCCCUGUAGAGGUUGCUACUCGAGGCCAUUCAUUUAUCAUCAGUUUCUCGAAGACACUAACAUUGCAUGAGGUAUCUGCCCUUGAAGGCCCUUAAUUCUGAGUGGAUCCCCACUUUAUUCUGCUGUACAUAUUUGUCGAACUCUUCUGAAAUUUCAUCCGACAUGUGAGGUUUUUGUUGGGGUGAUUUUGUAGCAUGUGCUGCCAUUCUGCUUGAAGGAAGUGUGGAUAGUAAGUGCUUGUCUAGCUUUAAUCGAUUCAACAACUUCAAAGUAUGACGGUGGAACCGUGGCUGCUGAUGCUGAUAAAGAGUUCUAUCGACUUAUUGGUGAUCUCUAUUCUCUUUCUAGAGUUAAGGUAAAACGUUUCCUUUGUUUUGUAGCAUUUGAUCUGACUUAAUAUUCCUGUGAUGAAAACUUGUUGUCUUUUUUUUUUCUGUGCAUUUGUUAUUAAUCGUGAGAUUUUUUCCAUUCAUGUUGUCCAAGUCUAUUUAUAGAACAGCAUAUUUCUAGGAUUAAACAAUCUCUCAGCAUAGAUAGUAACUCUGUCUUGACAGUUUAUGAGGGUUGCGUAUUUGGUUGGAAAUGGAACGGACAUAGAGAGAAGCCCAUUUAACAGGUGGGAUUCUUGCUAGCUAAUCUUACCUUUACUAUCUGAUUUUAAUUCCAACAUCUACUAAAAUUUCUAUUUCAUUUUAAAAUUUCAAGAUGUCGUCUGAUAAAUUUCUGUCAGGUUCUCUAUUUUAUUUAUCAUAUAACAUAUUUUAAGUGAUGUCCUCUUUUUGUGAGCAGUGCCGCACUGAGUAUGCUUCCUUGGCCAAAGCCCGCAUCUUGGCCCUCAGUCCCUCAAGGUACUUCGUCUGAACUACCAACAAAAGAGAAGGUGAGUCAUUUAAGCAUUAUUUCGUUUGUUGCGUUAGGGCUCACUGAAAUUUAGACAAUCUAUUCCUCUAUUUACGGUAACUGAUCAUCAUUGAGACCGACUUAAAAAAUGAAACUCGGAAACUGACACAGACAUCUGGAAUCUACUUGAAUUGGCUGAUUCUUUACGAAUCUGGUGUCAGCUUUCACAGAAGCGUGCUGUAGAUGCCUUGGACUAUAAUGUAUAGCGAUAACUUUGAUGUUGAGCACUUUACUGUUGUUGGGUGGAUUUAUUUUAGUUUUAUGUAGCAUUCAUCUGCGGAGAAAAGGGGAAAGAAGAGGAAAAAGGCGAAAAGAAUAUCACUAAGAGAAGGUUUUCAGUCUGCGCUAUCAAGUUUAGUGGUAAUUAGUGGCAGAAACAUGCUUGCCAAUUAAGAACACAUAUAGUAUGAUGGGUAAUCAUAAGAAGGUAAUUUAUGAACACCUAGAGUCAAGAGUUUAGUGUUCUUUCCAGGAUUGAGUGUUAUCAUUUUAGUUUGUGCCGGAAUUGUUUUUGAAUUUGAUGCUACUUGGCUUUCAGAGGCCUCUGAUUAGAAUCCAGCACCUUGACCCAUCUCAAGUGGAAGUCUUGACAUUAAGAAAAGGAUCGAAUCGACCUUGUACUUGCUACUUGGCCACUACUAUUUUGAAUGUGAUUGAUAUUUCCUCUAUAGCCAGAGGAAGUGCUGAGGGAGAAAAAUAAAAAUGAAAUGAUACUGAAAUAAUUAGAAGUGGAGGCUGAAGAUGUAACUGGCAAAGGGAGACAAUAAAAAUAGGAACGUGAAUCUCCUCCUUUCCUGUCACACCUGCUGCUACGACUACCUUGCCUCUCUGCUCUUGAUUAUCCUGCUACUGACUCGUGAUGUAGAAGGAGAAACCCACCUUUUCAGCUCCUUGAAACCAUCCCACGUUAAUUUUUCUAAACACAGCUUUUCUCCUGAUAUCAGAUGCUUUAACGGAACAUAUUUGUUAUAAAUUAUUUCGUCUUAUUUACCUUCCUCCAUUUUUGUUUAAUUAGUAUUUGUCUGGCUAAUUCUGCAAUAGAUGUGCGAAAUUAUUCUGACUUUCGUCUAUGUCACACACAGAGGAUUCUUCAAGCAAUUCCAGAUGUCAAGUUCUUAGGUAUCCAGAGAAAACCACUACCUCUUGAACCUUCAUCGCUUUUAAGAGAGGCCAACCGAAGAAGGGCCUCUCGUUCAGCUGGAAAUGUAUCCGAGUUGCUUGAAGGUUGUUUAAUACAAAGUGAUGGGUAAUGAACGAAAAUUUGAUCCUGGCAAUCGUAUUCUGAUUUUUCUAGUGUUUAUUUACUGAAUGUUUAUGCAUUGGUGGGACAGUUCAGGUUUUGAUGGACUCUCCAGAUCAUCCCCUUCAGGCAAAAUAAACAUGGGUGCCAUGCCACGUGCGUACUCAAGCCCUGUUAACUAUGAAAGUUCCUUGCCUCUUGAUCACCCAAUGAUGUUAUUAGAUAUUCAUGUUGCAACAAAAGAUGCGCUGCACCAAACAAUUUCUGAUCUGGAUCUGUGGAAGUCACUCUCAUCCGUUGAGGAGUUUGAGGUAAAAAUCUGACACAUUUAUAUGGAGGUGAACCUUAUUUUGAAUGUUCUGCUAGGUUAGGUUGUUUUUCAUGUACACGAAUCCCUAUGCAACGCAGAUGGAUAAUUACAUACAUGCUAAUAAUCUGUUGAAUUGAUGACCAAGUGUUAGUGUACAACCUAUUUCAUCGAAUUAUCUUCGUUAUAUCUAUUGUUUUAAGUCUCGUCCUUGCUUCUAACAGGCAAAAUACUUUGAACUGACGAAAGGUGCGGCUGAUAAUUAUCACCGUUCAUGGUGGAAACGACAUGGAGUUGUCCUUGACGGAGAAAUUGCAGCUAUCAGCUUUAGGCGUGGAAAUAUUGAUCUUGCUGCCAAAUCAUAUGAAAAGGUCUGUGCUCUGUAUUCAGGAGAAGGUUGGCAUGAUCUACUGGCAGAAGUCCUUCCGAAUUUGGCCGAGUGCCAAAAGAUCCUCAAUCAUCAGGCUGGCUACCUAUCAUCCUGUAUCAGAUUAUUAUCUCUGGAUGGUAGUCUAUUUCUGAACAAAGAACGCCAAGCUUUUCAAACGGAGGUUCUUCGUCUUGCUCAUAGCUCAAUGAAGGAACCGUUACCACUGGAUGUUUCAUCAUUAAUAACGUUUUCUGGAAACCCUGGUCCACCUCUUCAGUUGUGUGAUGGGGACCCUGGGAUAUUGUCUGUAGCACUAUGGAGUGGUUUUCCAGAUGACAUAACUCUCGAGUCACUUAGCCUGACUCUAAUACCCACGUUCAAUGCAGAUGAAGCCAUUAAGGUACACAUCUGGAUAGAUGGCUUCGUCAAUCAUACAGUACACAUGCUAAUAAGCAUGAACUGCCUCAUUUCCAAAUUACCGUGUAGUGUGGGUAUUAGCAGACAAGCUUUCUCAAGUUAUGGGAUAACUUGAACUCUACUGUCUUGUUCCAUAGGUCAUGAUGUUCGUUGCUCAUCAUUUCAAGCAUACCUGAUGUUUUGAUGUUAUUUCUUUUUCCCUUUUCAGGCUAUAAAAUGCUCGAGCUGUACUGCUCUUAAGCCUGGUAAGAAUAUAAUUACCCUUGAACUGCCCCCACAGAAGCCAGGUUCCUAUGUGUUGGGAGUUCUCACUGGACAGAUAGGAAAUCUAUUGUUCAGAUCGCACAGUUUUUCUAAAGUUGGCCCUCCUGACAGUGAUGAUUUUAUGAACUACGAGAAGCCAACUCGACCCGUUCUUAAGGUACUGUCCCAAGUAUACAGCCUGUGCCAUGCCCUUACCGUUAAGAUUUGUCUGCAUUUUUUUUCACUGCCCUCCGUGUUUGUGAGAAUGAUGCAGAUGUGAUUUGGGUGGUACGACAAAAUCGAAUCCACGUGUCAAUAAUUGAUCAUUAUCGUCUGCUUUUCUGUAGGUAUUCAAGCCUAGACAAUUGGUCGACAUUAGUGCAGCCAUCUCUUCAGCUUUGCUCAUGAACGAACCUCAAUGGGUCGGAUUAGUGAUAAGGCCUUUAGACUAUCCCCUUAGAGGCGCUAUAUUGCACAUUGACACUGGUCCUGAGCUGGUGGUUGAAGACUCACAAAUGAUUGAAAUUGAGAGUUAUGAAAAGGCAAGAGAGGGUGCACUUCACGUUGAAACGGAGGAUCCCAAUGGCAAUGGCACAGGUUUUUCUUCUUCAUCAUUACGCCAGUUUGAACAGUUAAUGCUUCAAGACGGUAGAAUCGCAAUACCGGACUGGGCCAGCAAUCUGACCAGUAUCAUCUGGUUACCUGUUCAUGCUGUUAGCAACGAACUCGCAAGAGGAACAUCAGCAGGUUUCUUCUGUAGAAAAUUAACAUUGUGCUUUUCAAGAAUAUUCUUUGAUAGAAACUGACUUUUAGUGCUCAACAUUCAGUUUAUCCUCAGAGACAUAGCGUUGUUGACGGGAUGCGGACUAUUGCCCUAAAACUUGACUUCGGGGUGGCUCUCAAUCAAACUUUUGAAAGGUCUCACACUUUUAUCUUUUCCAAGGACCAGUAACAAGAUUUUCAUCCAUAGCUUUGUUUUUAUACUUAUGUCUAAAUUGUAAAUACGUGUUGUAUGUUCAUUCCCUUAAUUCGUCCAACAUGCGUAUGCAUUUAUGAAAAUUUUGUGCGUUUGUCCAUUCAUGUAUUCAUCUAGAAGUAUGUAUUCCAUUAUCUAUGCGUGAGAAUUUUCGUGUACUUUUUUUUUAGCUAUUCCUCCACACAAAUAGUGUAAACAUUUUUCGUAUGCAUAAUAUUUGGAUAUCGCAUUCUCUCAGUAUAUUCUUCUAACCUCUUUUUUUUUUCACAGGACAAUUGCUGUGCAUUUUACUGAUCCAUUCCGUAUAUGCACACGUGUUGCUGAUAAAUGCAAUGAUGACGGUCUAUUACUGCAGGUAUUUUCCUCGCUAUUGUAACCUUUGUUGUAUUCAAACGUUUUUCUUUUCUCUCAUAGAACUCUGUUGUUGAAUGUCAUGUGACGACGGUCAUUCUCCUGCUGAAUGUUACAGCUGCCAUGAACACCUAUGUUUCUGUUUUACCACAGAAAUGUUUUUUUACCCUUAAGGAGACAAUCUGUUUUGGUUAAUCACUACAUAUUUUCCUGGAUAAUUUAAUCUUGACCAGUUUUUUCAUAAUAAAUGUUUGACUGGCACUUCUGUUCACUGUUUUCCAGGUUGUAAUCCAUUCCCAAGUCAAGGCCUGCCUGAAAAUCGAUGAUGCUUGGUUAGAACUUGAAGCAGGAAUCCUCCUUGUCGGGAAAGGUGAUGGAAGGCCAAUCUCGACCUCCUUUCCUCUUGUCCUUGCUCCAUCAUCUAGAGCCGGGAUGUUAUUCAGCAUUCAUCCUGGGAGUAUGACCAGAGGUAAAGAUCUGCCGCUGUUUUGUCCGUCGUAGCUUAACAUACCAAGAAAAAAGGUGGAAUAAUAUCCGCUGUUUUGCUUAUGUUCAGAUGCAUGCUAAAACAAUCUGGUAUUGUCGCUUAUGGAGCAUUUCCGAGAAAAAAAUUCCCUUGUUUCUUUGCAUCUGAUGGAAUGCAGAUCCAGUCUGCUGUUUAAUCGGUAGCUUCCAAAAUUUAUUGAGCGUGGUGUGGGAAUCACUGACAUCCGAGAUUGUACAGGUGAGUCGGAGGCAUUGCAAGUGGAUGGUAUACUGAACAUCAGGUACAGAAUCUCCGGCAACAGAAGCUUAGGAGCUCAUGCGCCUGUACCAGGGCCGUCGUCAGAAGGAAGUGAAAGGGAACUGCUAUUCAGGAGCGCUCUCGCCUUACAGAGACCGGUGCUCGACCCAUCUCUGGCGAUCGGCUUCUUCUCGUUCCCAUCCGACUGUGUCCGAGUUGGGCAACUGAUCUGCAUGAAGUGGAGAGUCGCAAGGCUGAAGGAUCUUGAGGACCCAUCUGUCUCGGGCCCGGUAAGUUACAGGAUAGAACGCAUCUACUGCCAUCUAUUUUGUCUUCAAAUGAGCUCCAGCGGUGAGACAUUUUGAGAGUUGCGUUGCCAACAAAUUAGAAGAGUGAAUCAAUUCUCCGGACCCAUUAAUCAUGUCCAUGGAGCCUUUGACCCCAUCAAUGAUGAGUCGAGGGUGAAGAAAGAGGGAAGGAGGGGUGGUAAUCUUGUACGUGGGUUUUUGCAGGACGGAGUCUUGUACGAGGUCGAUGCGAAUCCGGAGAACUGGAUGAUCGCCGGGAGGAAGCGCGGUCAUGUAGCGCUCUCCACAACGCAAGGUUCGGUUCAGUCAGUUUCCCUAACCUUCUUCAUCUUCUGGUCUCCUCUGCCCUCUACGUUUUCCGCCGGUAUAUUCUCUCGGGUAUUUUAUCAUCCUGUUUGUUGAACGGACCGGGGGAGGGCGCUCUUGCACGCAGGGUCGACGACGGUGAUCACGGUGAAUUGCAUGCCGCUGGCCUCCGGGCACGUCCACCCGCCGCAGCUCGCGCUCCCCGGCGUGCAGGCGGCGAACAUAAGCUACGAUCCCCCGGGGCCCCAUCUGGUCCGCGUCCUGCCCCCCGCGCUCAGCUCCUCGUACUGCGUCCCGGCUUCGUAG